AUGGGUAUCAUAUCUCUUAGCAGUGAAAUGGGACAAGAGUUCCUCAAAAGCACUGUCUCUGGUGCUAUAGAUGAUCCUUAUCCAGUUCCACCGAACGUUGAUGACUCUGAGACCAUCAGUCUGGCAUUCCUCAUCAGUCUGUCGGUCACUUUCGCUUUGCUUAUGGUAGUACUGGUUGUGAUAGCUGUCUAUGUUACAUUUUGUGGGGCCGAUGAAGCAGAAUACGAUGAAGAAGCUGGCGCCGGUGGAGGGUUUCAUUCUCUGUUUAACAAGAAGCGGGAUUCUAUUCUUCUAGAUGCCAGUUUCACUUCGGCUGGUCAAUUUGAUGAUGAAGCUCUUUUGCAGGAGCAGGAAUCUGUUGAGCUGCCCAAGAUGUCGCCUUUUGAGCUUGACAUGUACAAUAGAGCUAAGGAAUUUCAAAAAGUCAAUGAACCUAAUGUGAAAGAAUUCGGAACUUUCGUCAAUGGGAGUGAUUUACAGUUUAUCAAGGAUCGCGGUAUUCAGAGUUAUAGUUUCCUGCCGAGUAUCAAUGAUAAUACCGAUGAAGAGGGGAAUUUUCUGCCCAGUUUUCUAAUACAGGAUAAACUAGAUGUCAGUUUCACGAAAUACAACAAAAGCUCUUCUACAAUUAUGAAUUACCCACUCCCGUUCAAUAAGAAAGAUGCUGUUUAUUUUGAAGUAAAGAUCUUCAGACACAGUAAAACUUCUAACGCAGUGUUCAGCAUCGGGCUGAUGACUUUCCCUUAUCCAUAUUUCAGGAUUCCCGGUAUGUCACUAUUCUCAAUAGGUUAUGAGUCAACCGGUAAAUUGCGUAUAAAUAAUCCGUUUAUGGCCAGUACGUUGCUCCCGAAGUUGCAAGAAGGUGAUGUUGUUGGGUUUGGUUAUAGGUAUAGAACCGGUACAAUUUUCAUUACGCAUAAUGGGAAAAAAAUGAUGGAUGUCACUCAAAAUGUUGGUAUUGAUUUAUUUAUUGGUAUAGGUUCUCUGAAUGCUGCUUUCACUAGAACAUACACGAAGGAUGGGCUGUUAGAAGAUCCUGAUAAUGUUGCCUUGCGUGAAAGUCUCUCAGAGGGAAGAGAGGUUGAACUGCCUCCUGAUCUGUUGAGCGUUCAUGAAAUCACAGCUGAAAACGGAUUGGAAUCUGAUGAAGUGGAACUACAUGUCAAUCUAGGGCAAGUAGGCUUUGUAUUUAUCGAGGCCAAUGUGAAGAAAUAUGGGUUCGGUAGCGUUUACGGUGAAAUUGGCAUACCUCCUUCUUAUACAGGAAAUGAGAUUAAGACAGAUACAAUCUUGCAGAGAGGUGAAGAUAUACCGCCCAAGUACUGCGAUGACAGAGAUACCGAUGAUUUUUUUGGUAACAUAAGUAUCAACAGGGGUCGGGCCGUUGAAGGAAGUUCAUCCAACUGGCGGCCAAUGGCUCAAAGAGCACUAUCGGUCAUUCCAGAAGCGGCUGAAAGCGAUCUAGAAAGGUAUGAAAGAUUAUCAUCUGCUUAUGACAGGGAAAACAAUCCCAGUAAUACUAGUCUUGAAAACAUGGACCCCAAUGCACAGGCACAUGUCACAGAGCUUGAGCUAACAGAUACUAGACAUAACGAAAGUUCAUCAAGCGUGGGCAACUCUGGUGAUAAGCGUAAGAAGCGGAAAAAGAAGAAGAGAUCUAAGAAAUAG